AUGUGGCUCAUUCUUUGUGGAUGCCUCGUUAUGUUCAUGCAGGCCGGCUUUGCGCUCGUGGAGUCGGGAAGCUGCAGGUCCCGGAAUGUUCAGAACAUCCUCCUGAAGAACUUGACGGACGUUUGCAUGGGUACCCUUGGAUGGUGGUGUUCAGGAUGGGCUCUCGCGUACUCGGGGCCCAUGAAGGACGGCCUCCUUGAGAAUGGCUUCGCAGGCUACUCAUCUUGGUUCGGCGCUGGCUUUCUGGAGCACCGACCGGGCGUUGGAUUCGAGCCGACGACCAGCAUGGCGAAUUGGUUUUUCCAGUGGACGUUCUGCUCUGCCGCCGCAACGAUUGUGAGCGGCGGCGUUGCCGAGCGCGUAAACUUUGCCGGCUACUGCCUCUUCUCCCUAUUCAUGACCAUGUUCGUGUAUCCGGUGAUCGUUGCCUGGACGUGGGGCUACGGCUUCCUUGCAACGGUCACGCGUACAGGUUUCAUGGACUUCGCUGGCUCGGGGAUCGUGCACAUGACGGGUGGCGUUGCCGCCCUUGUGGGGGCCAGCGUAGCUGGGCCUCGCAGGGGACGUUGGGAGGAGCCGGAGGAGGCCUUCCAGCCACACAGCUUACCGCUCAUUGUCCUCGGGACGAUGGUCCUUUGGUUCGGAUGGUACGGCUUCAACUGUGGCUCCACCUUGGGUAUGAGCCAGGACUGUGACGACCCCACAGUAUGUGGCACGCGGAAGGCAUCGAUCGAGCGUGGCUUCAUGGCGGCCCAGGUUGCUAUGAACACCACCGUUGCUGCGGCUGUGGGUGGCAUCACUGUAUUCUUGUGCCGCCUAGGGACGUCAAAGAAGUAUGACAUUGCAGGUUUCUGCAAUGGCAUCCUAGCUGGUCUCGUCUCUAUCACCGCCGGAUGUGGCAAUGUCGAGUGUGGCAGCUCUUUCAUGAUCGCUGUCGUGGGUGGCAUUGUCUACGAAGUCUCCUCACGCCUCGUGAAGAAAAUGAAGGUUGAUGACCCCAUCGAUGCGUUUGCCGUCCACGGGGCACCAGGCAUGUGGGGAACGCUCGCAGCAGCAAUCUUUGACUGGGGGAGAAGCAUGGACCAGUAUCACGGCUGGAGCGGAUUUUCCUGCGUCGCCGGCGAGGACGGCGAAUGCCUCCAAGGGGCUGGGGCUGAUGGGAUUGGUGCCAAUGUCCUUCAGAUUGUGCUUGUGAGCCUCUGGACAAUCGUGUGGUCUUUGAUCAUUUUCCUUCCGCUGCGCUUCUCCGGCAAGCUGACGGUGUCCGACGAGAUCCAGCUACAGGGGAUGGAUUCGGCGAAGCAUACGCCCAGUGGCGCAUAUGCGAUGAACAUGGCCACGCCGGAAAUCUACACUUCAGAGGUGACCCCGAUCGAGAAACUCGAACACCUGCAAUAG